CUUCCUUUCAAUUAUUGUAUUUCAGUCGAGUUGCUAAACAACACGAACUCCUCAGUCGUUUGAGUUUUGAGGAGGCAAGCAAGAGGACCCAUCGAUGGCCUCCUUGAAGGACCACUGUGCCGUGGUGGCAGUUGUAGUGGCGAUCUGCUUCGUCGUCCUCGCCGCCGCCCUCCCUUCGCACGCGUCGACGGCGGUGGACGAGCCGGCGAAGUAUAAGCCCAGCAGAGCGCCAGCGCCGUCCCCUGCAUCUGCAUCAUCCUACGUCCCGCCGCCGGUCCAGCCCGUGAUCGUCGUCCAGGGCGUCAUCUACUGCAAGUCCUGCAAGCUCAGGGGCUACAACAGCGGCAUGGACGCGUCCCCUCUCCCCAAUGCGACGGCGAGCCUGGUGUGCUACGGCGACGCGGAGAGCAAGUACCGGGUGCUGAACCAGACGAGCACGGCCACCGACACGAACGGCUACUUCAUCGUGAUGGUGUACGACGUGGGCAUGUUCGACCGCCGCAGCUGCAGGCUGUACCUCCGCUCCUCGCCGACGGCGCUCUGCGCCGCGCCCUUCAUCCCGUCCAACCCCAAGCUGGGGCUCACCCUCGUGAGGGACCGCGCGGCCACGGCGCCCAGGGGCGCGCGCGGCAUCUUCCACCCCAAGACUGCGCUCAUGUACGCGCCGGGCACCGGCGGCAAGUGCCCGCCGUACUGAUGUGAUGGUGCGUACGUGGUCUGGACUCGGGAGUCGGAGCGGCGCCAUGAGGGGGUGUUCACUGGUGGUGCAUGGGCGGCAUGCAUGGAUCGUCGUCGUGGGUUUGGACUUUGGUCAAGAGGACAAUGUCAGAGGCAAAAAAAUAAAAAUAAAAAAGGAGAAGUAUGUGGUGAUUGUUGUCACGACGUCCGUAUUGUGUCCUCGUUUUAGUCGAUACUCGAUGGAGUAUCUGUUGACUGUUGCUGUUCGUUGAGUCUGUGUAACCGUUUCUUCGUCAAUCGGUCAAUCCUGCCUUUGGAC